CUCACAUUAUCGUCUUCCUAAAUUUCUGAGAUGUUCUCAAAUGAGCUUAAGACAUUCCGUCAACUAGGAUUCCGACACUUUCUGCUCCAAAUUCUUAACUUCGCCUCCGUCAUUGCAUCUGGACUCAUGCUAUGGAAAGGCCUUGGCCUGUUUUUGAACACAGAGUCUCCAAUUGUCGUUGUCCUCAGUGGCUCGAUGGAGCCGGCGUUUUACCGUGGUGACCUCCUUUUCCUCACCAACCCUCCGGGUCAACGCUACCACACAGGCGAUAUCACAGUGUACAGGAUCCCUGGCGCCGAAAUACCGAUCGUGCACCGCGUCCUGGAGACCCGAGACGUAUUUAUCCCAUUUGAAAAUUCUACGGAGAAUCGCAUCGUCAACAAGAGACUUGCAAAGCUCAAACUCCCACCAGGGGAACAUCAACUGAUGCUUACGAAAGGCGACAACAAUCAUGUCGAUGAUAUUGACCUCUACCAGGGCCUUGAAUGGAUCGACCGAAGACAUAUCAUUGGCAAAGUCCGCGGGUUUCUUCCGUACAUUGGCUACGUGACGAUCGCCAUGAAUGAUUUCCCGCAACUCAAAUACGCGCUUCUCGGAGGUCUUGGGCUAUUAGCUAUCAUACAACGGGAGUAG